AUGCAAGCAUUAUAUGUAACCCAAUAUUAUAACAUUUUGACUUUUAUUCCUCAACAAUUACUUGCUCAAUUUUCAGCAAAGAGUUGUUUUGACCAUUAUAAGUCAGGAAACAAGAUUAACGACAUCUAUCAAAUCUAUCCUGAUGGCCACGGAAAUUUUGCUGUAAUGUGUGAUAUGUAUGGUGGGGGAUGGACAGUGUUUCAACAUCGCUAUGACGGAUCCGUUGACUUCUACCUUGGAUGGACGGAAUACAAGGAAGGAUUUGGUAAUUUGUCUGGCGAAUUCUGGCUUGGGUUGGAAAAGCUUCAUCGCAUUACAACCAGUGGAAGAUACAAACUUCGAAUCGACCUUGAAGAUUUUGAAGGAAGUGAGAGAUUUGCUGAAUACGGGUCUUUUGAAGUUGGAAACGAACAAGAUGGGUUUCGAUUGAGUAUUGGUGCAUUUUCAGGUACCUAUUCUUAUUAAUUAAACAGACUAACUUUAGGAUAACCUGUGCCAUGUAGUGCAUAUAUAGGUAGUGCCAAUAAAAUUAACAAGCUUUCGUUUGUAGGGUUGCCACUACCUGAAAAAUUUAAAGGAGAAUAAUUCUGUCUUUUCGAACGAAGGCUCUUCAUCUCGAGUUACAAUCCAAGUAACACAAGACGAAGGGCCUUUGCUCAAAUUAAGCGUCAACAUUCUCCUUUUGUUUUCCAGGUAGUUGCAUCCCUACCAAGGAAAGCCUGUUAAUAAAUUCAGAAUAGGAUACAAGUGCAUAUAAUAAAGAAGCCUUGUCUUAUGGAUCGAUUAGAUUCUAGUAAGCAUACAUAAAAAAAUUCAGUAAUACUAUGUACUUAUUGGUUACGUACUGUACUCACGCAGUUCCCCUGCUCAAUUGAAGUAUGCCUUAUACGGAAGGGGGUCUGGAAAAUUACAACUUACUGUACGUGUUUGCUCCAGAUUUAACUUGCGACAAGUAAUCAUAAUGGUGCUAUAGUUCAAACAGCUGGAAGUGUUGUUCAUGAAGCGUAAAACUUCGGUAUGUAAGAAGAAAUAUCCCUCAUAUCUAAUGGACUCCUCUUGUCUUGUAAACGAUCCCUUCGUUCAAGUACGAGAGUUUAAAAUACGACCCCAGGCGUUUAUUAUCAGUGACUUAGUGUAUAUAAGGAACCACGCUGUCCCGUUAUCCCUGACUGGCGUGUCGAAAUGUUGGAUCGUCAAUAGACUACUUAAGUUUAUGUUACAAGAAGCGAUUCUUGCUGCAGCUUGCAACGCUAUUUCAGAUAAGGAUGUUGCAUUGACAAACUAGGGGGGGGGGACUCUCUCUGUCGAAAUAGUGUGGCCCAUUUGGGAAAAUUUUGAUUGGUACAAAACAUGUGUAUUAUAUUGUCAUUCGGUUUAGUGUAAAUUCAUUUUUGGUUUGAUUUUAGACGUCUUGGAUUGGUUUGUGAUUAAAAAGAGUUGUUUUGUGUUAAAUGAUGAUUGAAAAUCGCAAAAACGUGUUGAAAUAACUCACAAAAAUACUGAAAAUGGCGCUCUACUAACUCUAUAUCUAAAAAAAAAUUCGUGUGACCAUACCGCUGGCCCUGUAUCGCUAUAAAAGUUCAUUGUAUUAUAUUAUGCAUAGCUAUGCAUCGCUGUGCUUUUUAUUACAGAUUCCGGAACCAUCGCAUUUUAAAGAUUAUCUUGACUUUUGAGUCCAUGACUGUAUUUUUUUAAUAUUCUUUUAUAUUCAAUAUAUCAUAUAGGAUGUAGUCUGUCCAAUUUGUCCAAAGUAUAAAUCUAUUACGGCAAAUUAUAUAUUAGUACUAGAAAAUACAUGCAUGCAGAAACCCUCGCCUUGCUGACAAAACCGUUGUAUUUUCCGAACAUGAAGUAUCUAAAGUAGUUGUCAUGGUAACACGAUAAUUUUUUAAGAAUAUUCUUACAAAUGAAAAUCGCCUAAAAAUAUCACAUUACAUAAUUACAAAAUUAUCAAUUUCCCAACAUAUAUAUAUUAGGUAUGUAAUUAUACGUAAUACAAGCUUCAAUUUAAGGUAAAAUUCAACCACAAACAAUUCACAAAACGUUUUAAAGUGUUCUUUAUAAAACUAAACUGCCUUUAACUAUUAAAUGGCUUUAUCGAUAAACUUUGAGUUUGCAAUAAAAUGAUUUCAAAUUCUCGCUUGCAAAUAACUUUGCUUUAUUUUUUAUUUAAAAAAUUCAAUAUAAUAAAAAGGGAAUCAAUAUUAAAGAUAUACUGAAAUAAUAUGCUGUCUUGUUUAGUUGUUUCAUAUACGCAAAGGCCGUCGGGUUUUAAAGCCAUUAUAAAAUCAAUAUUUAAAACAAACUUACCUUCGUUAACGUCGGCUCCCUUCUUUUAGCUAAUUCUUUCGCCCUUUCUUUCUUGAAAUUUACAAAAUCUUGCAGAAAUACGAGCAAAAAUGAAGAAUAUUUGCAAGAAAUUUAAUAUCAACUCAUCAAAUCAAGAAAUGUUUGCUAUUUCGCUGUCGUCAUGCAGUCGUUAAAAAGUCGUUAUAAUGCAAACUUUAAAUUGGACCAAUCAGUGUCCGUUAUUCAUGACAGUCCGCCAUAUUUUUGAGAUCAGUGAGGAUGACCCAUUGAACUAUAAAUAAACUGGAAGGCUAACUCAGGGGGGGAAAUUGAAGCCAGUGCAUUUUAGUUUUUCUGAGUUAUGAGCAGAAAUGCUCAACACUGAACGUUGGGCUAUAUAUCAAAUUGAAGCUAUUGAAAAACGCUAUUUGGUGUAGAAAUUUCAAGACUUUAGCUAAAAGGGAAAUAUUGAAAAACUACAAAAAUAAUUACCGAUAAUUUGCCGUUUUGCAGUUGUUUUUGUAUUUUUUGAAUAUUUUUCUUUUCGCUGAAGUCUUGAAAUUUCCACACCAAAUAGCAAUUUUCAAUAGCUUCAAUUUGAUAUAUAGCCCGACGUUUGGGGUCAAGUAUUUCUGCUCAUAACUCAGAAAAACUAUUUUGGCUUCAUCAAAUCAUAGGCCUUCAUCAUAGCAGUUAGCCUUCCAGUUUAUUUAUAGUUCAAUGGGAUGACCACCCAUCGUUGGUGACCGACGCCCGCGCUCAUUGAUGAACUUUAGACUUCGCUAAAUGCUUUCGUUUCCCCGGGUGUAAAUAGCCGGGGGGAAUUAGUACCCUCGCACGGCGCUUCACGCCGCCGGCUCGGGGAUAAUUUAUAUAAUAACUAACAGUGAAACAAGGAAUUUGAUUGGUCAAUAUAGCCGUGCAGGAUCAGGUUAUCCUGCAAGAGGAAUUAAAAUACCUUCGCGGGAUUUUCGCGGGAUUCUCAAAAUGUCAUUGUUUCACUGUAGUUAUUUUAUAAAACAAUUACCAAAUGGUUUUCCAAGCAGGAUAGCGUGAUCCAUGCACUUGGUAUGUUGCUCGACUUUCGGAAAGCGUAAAAUACACUCGCAUGAGGCUCGAUUAUUUUUACGCUUUCCGAAAGUCUCGCGACAUCCCUCGCGCAUGGAUCACGCAAUCUUGCAUGGAAAACCACUCGGUAUUCCUUUAGUACUGCAUUUAACGAUACGUCUCUUUCGAACUUUAUGCUUUCAGAAUCAGUUAUGUUUAUAUACUGUAAAUAGUAUAUUGCUAUUUGGUGAAGCAAUAUUUUAGUAUUUAUUCAAUUUACUUUGAGGAAGGUUUGAAAACCUUAAAAUUUUACCCGGUGGAAAUUUGAACAGGUUUCUAUAACCCUUGGCAUGUUUUUUCGGGCAUAAUUAAAAUAGAAGUCCUAUCUACGUCAGAGGGAUCUUAAAACUAGUAGUAUAAAAAAUGUGAACGUAGCGCCACUCUGCCGAUAUUUUCAUGGCAUUUUCAUUUUUCAUCCCCUAACAAUAUGUCGGCAAAGAAAAUUUCUGCAAUGUAGAAUACUGACGAUGCUCAGAAUUUUUCUGUGACUACUUUUUGGAUAAUAUAGCUCUGAACUUACGUUGCGAGUUCUGGAAAAAAUUGUCCCACCUAACACGUUCUUUAAACCAGGGUAGCAAUGCAAAUCAUGAUUGAUCUUAUACAUCAUUGACGUGAAGUAGCAAAACGUUUUAAACUGAUAAUGUGAUAUGUCCAUCUCACAGGAGACGCCGGUGAUUCUUUGACUCCUCAUAAUGGUACGCAGUUCACAACCAAAGACGUCGAUCACGACCUCCACGAGAAUAAUUGUGCUCAGUUAUACAAAGGGGCAUGGUGGUACAACAACUGCCAUGUAUCCAAUUUAAAUGGUUUGUAUCAUUACGGUGGAAAUCACACCUCUUAUGCUGAUGGUAUAAAUUGGUCGCAAUGGAAAGGUUACCAUUACUCGAUGAAAACAGUGACGAUGAAAAUAAAAGAAAUUUAA